UGGCCAUGGGACCAUAUCAAGGCGGCCAAGCACAAUACCUCAGGGUACCGUUUGCCGACUUCAAUGCACUAAAACUGCCACAAGGGACUGAGCACGAGGCUGAUUUCAUUCUACUUGCGGACAUUUUCCCAACGGGAUGGCACGGACUAGUGCUCUCUGGUUUCAAGUCUGGCGAGAGUGUAGCAGUGUUUGGUGCGGGCCCUGUUGGUCUGAUGGCAGCAUACAGUGGUGUGCUACGCGGCGCAAGCAAGGUGUUUGUUGUGGAUACGGUCCCUGAACGUUUACAAGCAGCAGAAAAGAUCGGUUGCGUACCCAUCGACUUCAAAAAGAGCGAUCCUGUUGAACAAAUCAUCAAGCUUAACGGCGGCAUGGUUGAUCGCGCAGUGGAUGCCGUUGGAUACCAGGCAGUGGAUGCAUCGGGUAGCACAGAGAAACCCAACAUCGUCCUUGACCAGUUGAUCAUGGUCACGCGCCCAACUGGAGGGCUAGGCAUUCCAGGGCUCUAUGUGCCAGCUGAUCCCGGAGCACCGGAUGAACAAAGCAAGAAGGGCCAGAUUUUGAUCUCAUUCGGAAAGCUUUUUGAAAAGGGCCUGCACCUCGGAACUGGACAAUGCAACGUCAAAGCAUACAACAGGUAUCUUCGCGAUAUGAUCGUGUCGGGCAGGGCCAAGCCAAGUUUCGUUGUGUCUCACGAGAUCAACAUCGAGGAUGCACCAACAGCGUACGAGAAGUUUGACAAGAGGAUCGAAGGGUAUACCAAGGUGUUGAUCCACCCGAACGGCGCCUUGAACUAGCUGGGCGUAUGAGUGUCUAUUCUGCAAUAUGGAGGUUCCAAACUCACACCAGAGCACUAUUGACAUUGCGAGCAUGAGGCUUUUGCGCGAGCGUCAAACCAAUUUA